AUGAUGUUUUACACUCUUCGUCUCCUGCCUAUUGUGGCUAUGUCCGUCUCUGCGGUGGUGAUCCCUAGCCCACCCGGACAAUAUGACGUAUUUUACAACACGGCAAAAAUGAUUGAAAAGACCAGAGUCGAUCCAUUUGAUCCCCACCACGGACCACGUUCAGUGAUGACUUCGGUAUUCGCGCCCACCAACUGCAACGUCGACCUCGAGACGAUCGACUACCUGCCGCCUGCAACGGCCAAGUACUACUCCAACCUGUACAGCGCAUACGGAUUGCCCAACGGGUCCCUUCAAUCCCUCUCCUUCCAGGCAUGCCCAGAGCCUCCAAAGGGACAUCACCUCCACUUCCCAGUGGUGAUCUUCUCCCCUGCCCUCGGCACGACACGACUGUUCUAUAAUGUCAUUGCACAGGCCGUGGCCAGUGUCGGGUACAUAGUGGUGUCUAUUGACCACCCCUAUGAUACCGAGUUCCUCGAGUUCCCGGACGGAAGUGUUGUGACUGCCGAAAAUAUCACUGACGACCAGGUUCCACUAGAUGUCACCACCCGAGCGCGCGAUGUGAGCUUCGUGCUGGAUCAGCUGAGCAGAAAGGCUGGUGUCACAGCCCUACUCCCUGGAACGGAAGCUGCGGGUUUGAGAACUCAGGAAGUCGCGAUGUAUGGUCACUCGGUUGGUGGUGCGGCCACCGCCGCAGCUAUGCUUUUAGAUAGUCGGAUUAUCGCCGGAGCGAACCUAGACGGGUCGAUGUUUGGGCCGGUAGUCCAAAAGGGGCUAAAGGGACCAUUCCUCCUGUUCGGACACGAAAGCAAAACCCAGACGACAGACCCAACGUGGAAAGAGACCUGGUCAAAUCUCCGGGGGUGGAAAUUGGAACUAGAAAUGGCUAAUGCUCAACAUUACACAUUUUCCGACCUGUCGUAUCUGUUGAAGCUCCUGGCCCUGCCUGUCGAAAGGGUUCCGGCCAUUCAAAUGAUGGUUGGGACUUUGGAUGGGUUCAAGGGAUUUGAAAUUAUUCACCGAACCCUCGUCGCCUUUUUGGGGUUUGGCCUUCGUCAAACAUCAGACUCUCCGAUUAAUGAGGCUAUUUCAAAGUAUUCUGAGGUAUCGGUCUUCGCGCACAGUGAAUGA